AUGGCGGACACAGUCCAAUACAAGCUCGAGCGGAUGGUCGACGAGCUAGACGACCUAGAACGUAAAGGCAUAUUCACGCGGCAAGAAAUAGCAGAGAUAGUGAAACAAAGAAGAAAAUUUGAGUACAGAUUGAAGAGGCCAAGUCCUUUAAAGCAAGAUUUCUUAGCUUACAUUGAAUACGAGACCCAACUCAACUCACUACGUAGACUACGAAAGAAAUCAGUGGCCCGUGAGUUGGUAAAGCAAGGGGUUAAAAAGAGGAGGAGAUUUAGAAAGUCUGUUUCUGAUUUUGCUGGGGUUUCAAGGAUUGUUGAGAUUUAUAGACUUGCUGUUAUGAGGUUUAAGGGAGAUAUAGAGCUUUGGUUUAGGUAUUUGGAGUUUUGUAAGGAUAAUAAGAAUGGGAGAAUGAAAAAGGUUUUGGCUCAAUUAAUUAGGUUUCAUCCAAAAGUGCCUGGAGUUUGGAUUUAUGCUGCAGCUUGGGAAUUUGAUCAUAACUUGAAUGUUUCAGCUGCUCGUGCUCUUAUGCAGAAUGGUUUGCGGGUAUGUCCACAUUCAGAGGAGCUUUGGGUAGAGUAUCUUCGGAUGGAAUUGACAUAUCUUAACAAGUUAAAGGCACGGAAGGUUGCGCUUGGAGAGGAAAAGGAAAAUGUGGCUCAUGAUUAUGAUAUGUUGCUUGAUGAAGAAAGAGGAAAUGACGAUGGAUCAAAUGCUGUUACUGAGGAGUCAGAGAAGAAAGUGGAUUUGUUUCGAGAGAAAGGUUUGAGUAUUCUUCAGACAAUCUAUACUGGAGCUGUUGAAGCUCUCCCUUCUAGUUUUGGCUUGAGAAAGAGGUUAUUGGAGAUACUGGAAGCAACAGACUUGACACAUUCGGAAGAAAUGCAUAAGGAGAUGCUAAGUGAUAUGAAAAGAGACUUUUCGAGCGAACCAGAAUAUUGGGACUGGCUUGCAAGACUUGAAAUGGCUGAUUCUAAAAGUAUGCCGGAGAUGAGUGAAACUCUAGAGCUUUCUCAGUUGCAAAAAGCAAUUCAGGUAUAUGAGGAAGCUUUACAAUUUGUCCCUUCUUCAAUGAUGUUUAAUUUAUACAUAAAGUUUUUGAUGGAAGCUAUUGCUCCCAAUGGAGGAGAAAAUGAGCCUUCUAAGUUAUCCAGCCCCACUAAAGAUUAUAUUUCACAUCUUCUGGUGGUAUAUGAGAAGGCUGAGGCGGUGGGAUGCAUUACUGAGGUUCUUGCUUGUCAGUAUGUUUCAUUUUACUUGCAACUAGGUCGGUUUGAUGAAGCCAGAAGACUAGCAGACAGGCUUUGCAGUGGAAAACUCUCAGAUUCAGUAAAGUUGUGGAGUUUAAGGGCCUCUAUGGAAAUUAAAUAUUUUACUACAGACACUUUUACACCAAAUAAGGAUGAUUUGCAAUCUGUGUUGGGACUCCUUAGAAGUGCAUUGACCAAAGUGUCAUUAUCACAAGCUGAGGACUUAUGGCUAAUGGCACUCAAGUUUUUUGCAAAAGAGAAAAAGUAUUUGGACAAGCUGGUUGAAAUGUCUCUCAUCUCAGCAGCCAAAGAUGGUGGUAGUGAUGAUGGAUUUUCCCUCCCUUUUGCUGUCGUAAAUUUUAUGCUUCAGAAGGAUGGAAUUCAGCAAGCAAGAAAGACAUAUAAGCGAUUUCUCGCACUACCCCAUCCUGGUCUUGCUUUUUACAGACAUUGCAUCGAGUUGGAAGUGAACCUUGCAUCUGGUGGUGAUAAAGAUUGCCUUGCAAAUGCCCGAAAAUUAUAUGAAUCUGCACUUGCAACUUAUGACCAGAAUGUGAGCCUGUGGCAAGAUUACCACACAAUGGAGAUUAAGUUGGGAACAUCGGAAACAGCAAAUGCCGUUUAUUGGCGUGCACGGAAGACUCUCAAAAACUCUGCUGCAUUUGUUGCUGCUCCAGAUUUAGUCUUCAUCCAAAUGUUUCAUGGACGUGGAAUUAAACUAGACUGGAUGCUAGAUUGCAAAUUUGUCUAUACUCUCGUAGAGUACAACUAUUCUGCAGACCUUUUUGAUAAGGCUUCUGGAUUUGCAGCGAAUUUCACUGGUGGACCAUGUAGAAUAAAGCUUGAGAAAUUUCUAUGCAAAGCAUUAUAUUUUAGUAGGAUAAAGCUUGAGAAAUUAGAAUUCAAUUUGUCUGGUGAUAUGGAGCACAACUCCUUUAAGCUUCCCUGUGUUCACUUGCUUUGCCUUUUGCUCUUGAGUUCCCUGGUGUCAUGCCAACUUAAUUAUAAAUUCUAUGAUUACACGUGUCCUAGCCUGACAAAAAUCAUUCGAUCUGGUGUUUUGUCUGCCAUGACAAAUGAUACCAGGAUGGCUGCUUCUCUCUUGAGGCUUCACUUUCAUGAUUGUUUUGUUAAUGGAUGUGACGGGUCGGUGCUGCUUGAUGGAGGAGAGAAAAAUGCAUUUCCUAAUCAAAACUCGGCUAGGGGUUUUGAAGUCAUUGAUGACAUUAAGGCCAAUUUGGAGAAGGCUUGUCCAGCCACAGUUUCUUGUACUGAUAUACUAGCUCUUACAGCAAGAGAGGCAGUUUAUCUUUCUGGAGGCCCAUAUUGGUUUCUACCUUUAGGUCGUCGAGAUGGCCUCACGGCAAGUGAGAAUGAUGCUAAUCAGCAGCUCCCAGGAUUUUCUGAGCCUUUGGAGAACAUCACUGCAAAAUUUACCUCAAAAGGUCUUGAACUAAAGGAUGUGGUUGUGCUCUCAGGAGCACAUACUAUUGGAUUUGCCCAAUGCUUCACAUUCAAGUCCAGACUUUAUGACUUUGGAGGUUCUGGUAAUCCUGAUCCACAACUUGAGAAAUCACUUCUAACGGGUUUGCAAAGUACGUGCCCAAAUCAAGAUGAUUCUAAUGCAAAAUUGGCUCCAUUGGAUUCUGCUACUUCCAGCAAGUUUGAUAACUUAUAUUACAAGCUUCUUUUGAACAAUUCUGGGCUUCUCCAAUCAGACCAAGCUCUCAUGGGGGAUAAUACAACUGCUUCAUUGGUCCUUAACUAUAGCAAGUUCCCUUAUUUGUUUUCCAAGGAUUUUGGAGCAUCAAUGGUCAAGAUGGCCAACAUUGGUGUACUUACAGGACAAAAUGGAGAGAUCAGGAGAAGUUGCAGGUCGGUGAACUAG